CGACCGUGGUCGUGGGAUGUCCCUGUUCUUCUCAGUCUCAGCUUCAAGCAAAAUCAUGAGACUGAAACUACGAUGUUCGCAUCACCCAGGAAUCGACUGUCUCUCUCCAGGUUCACUCGUCCUUCGCUCUUCUUAACACCGCCCUCGCGACACCGUCGCCUCCAAUCCACUCAUCCACCACCACCGCCCCACGAGCCGACGUCCCUAGAGCACGAGCUCGACCGAGUGUGCGUAUCGAACCGGUCGUUCUGGACCAAGAAGAUACACGAUCUCUGCACCCACGACCGGAACGUCGACGAGGCCCUCCGCCUCCUCGACCGCCUCCGUCUCCGCGGCUACCGACCCGACUCGCUCAACCUCAGCAGCGUGAUUCACGCUCUCUGCGACGCGAAACGGUUCGAGGAGGCCCGCCGUCGGUUCGUCUCCUGCGUUUCGUCUGGUUAUGUCGUCCCGGACGAGCGUACCUGCAACACGAUCGUUGCUAGAUUGCUCGAUUCUCGCGACCCACAUGGCACGUUGCGAGUCAUAAGGUGUUUGGCUGAUGUCAAGCCCGGGUACGUGUGUUCCUUGACUAAUUUUAACCGCUUGAUUGAUCAGUGGUGCUGUAUACCGAGACCCGGUUAUGGGCAUAGGGUGUUUCUGGAUAUGAAGAGCCGGGGGCAUACUCCGAGCUGCGUUUCUUACACCACUUUGAUCAAUGGGUAUUGUAAGGUGGGCGACGUGAGGGCUGCACAGAAGCUGUUUGAUGAAAUGGUUGAAGAAGGUAUAAGGCCCAAUUCUCUGACAUAUAGUGCGUUGGUCGGUGGUUUUCUUCGACGGCGAGAUGGGGAGAGAGCGAGGGAAUUUAUUCUCAGGCUCUGGGAGGUAAUGAAAUGCGAAGAGGACUUGUUUGUGAGCAACGCUGCUUUUGCGGAUCUUAUUGAUUCUUUGUGCAGAGAAGGGUUUUCCAAUGAAGUGUUUCAGAUUGCAGAGAGCAUGCCUCAAGGCCUGAAAGCUGUCGCGGAGGAGCAUGCGUAUGGGCAGAUGAUAUAUUCUCUUUGUAAAGCUGGAAGGCAUCAUGGAGCUUCAAGGAUCAUCUAUAUAAUGAGGAAGCGAGGGUUGUCACCGAGUUUAACAUCAUACAAUUCUAUCGUUCACGGGCUUAGCAAGCAGGGUGCUUGCAUGAGAGCUUACCAGCUGUUAAAGGAAGGGAUUGAGUUUGGUUACUUACCCUCUGAGUAUACUUACAAGGUUCUAGUCGAAGCUCUUUGCCAGGAAUCUGACCUUCCCAAGGCAAGGGAAGUCCUGCAGGUUAUGCUGAAUGAGGAAGGUGUGCAAAAGACAAGAGUUUAUAACAUUUAUCUGAGAGCUCUUUGUCUCAUGAAUAACCCAACUGAGCUCUUAAACGUGCUCGUUUCAAUGCUUCAAAGUAAUUGUCAGCCCGACGUUAUAAGCCUCAACACAGUCAUUCACGGUUUCUGCAAGACUGGGAGAGUGGAAGAUGCUCUAAAAAUUGUACAUGAUAUGAUUACGGGUAAGUUCUGUGCUCCAGAUGCUGUGACAUUCACUACAGUUAUUUCUGGUUUGCUGGAUGUUGGAAAAUCCCAGGAAGCUUUAGACUUAUUACGUCAGGCUAUUCUUGCGGAAAACACUAAACCUUCUGUCGUGACAUACAAUGCAGUUCUUCGUGGAUUGUUCAAACUUAGUAAAGUAAAGGAAGCAGAAGAUAUAUUUAUUAGCAUGAAAAAUAAUGGUGUUGCUGCAAAUUGCACGACCUAUUCCAUUAUAAUUGAUGGUCUAUGUAAUUGUAAUCAAGUAGACAAAGCUAAGAGGUUAUGGGACGAUGUUAUCUGGCCGUCCAAAAUGCAUGACAACUACGUGUAUGCAGCCCUACUCAAAGGAAUUUGUCUAUCAGGUGAUCUGGAUGGGACCUGUCAUUUUCUUUAUGAACUGGUAGACUCUGGGGUUUCUCCGAAUAUUUUUUGCUACAACAUUCUGAUCGAUAAAGCCUGUAAAUUAGGUUUGAAAAGAGAAGCUUAUCAAAUCCUCGGUGAAAUGAAGAAGAAUGGUCUAGCUCCUGAUGCUGUUACAUGGAGGACUCUUGACAAAUUACAUAGCAGUGUAAAAGUGCAAUCUUACUCUGAGGAUUCAAUGUCGCAAUCUGAAGGGAGUCUGCCUGAGUUGAUCAGGGAAGAAAGGUUUCAAUACUCAUGAUGUUAUCAAAAAA